AUGACUGGAGAUAGUCUAGGUGAAUCAUCAAGAAGUGUUAUUCACUCGGAAGUGGGUUCAAUUGGAUCUGAUAACGGCAAAGGUAAAGGAAAGAGUAACGGAAAUGGUAAUACACAUCCUGUAGUGGAUUUUACAGCUGGAGUAAUAGCUGGUGCAGCUGGUUUGAUCGUUGGACAACCAUUUGAUGUAGUCAAAGUACGGUAUCAAACACCUCAAUAUGCAGGUAGAUAUAGCUCAACAUUCAGUGCUCUGGGCUCUAUAGUAAAAGAAGAGAAAGUGAAGGGUCUUUUCAAAGGGGUAACAUCACCUAUGAUCAACGGAGUCGUCUUCACCUCUUAUUCAUUCUUCAUGAAACUCCAGUUACCUCCCGAUUCAAUACAUGAGCCUAGUUUAGGACAGAUAUUCCUCGCUGGCGCAGGGAGUGGUGUCGUAGGAGCGAUGUUGACCUGUCCAAUUGAAUUGAUCAAGAUUCGCGAACAAUCUGCGCCUCCUCACGUCAAUACCUCGACUCUAGGCGUGGUGAAGCAUAUUGUCAAAGUGGAUGGAUUGAGAGGGUUGUUUAGAGGAUUUCAAGCUACUGCAAUGAGAGAUUUAGCUUAUGGACCUUAUUUUUGCACAUACGAAGCGAUGUUACGUUUUUUCAAAUACAUGAAAACACCUCCAUUACCUGAAAAUACUCAUAGACACGAAGGACACACCUUAAUUGAUGAAGCUGAGAUGGAAUUGUCAAGUGGUUUGACUUGGACGGAAUUGAUGACUGCUGGUGGAAUCGCCGGAGUCACAGCGUGGCUGGCAACGUUCCCAUUAGAUGUAUUCAAGACUAGAUUACAAUCAGCUUCUUGGCCAGAAUCAAGAACCAAUCCAGCAUCAGAGGGAGUAAAAGUCAAACCUCCUGGAUUAUGGAAAGUAGCUACUACGGCCGUUAGACAAGAAGGUUGGAGAGUCAUGUUCGCAGGAUUAGGUCCCACUCUGAUUAGGUGA